AUGGCGUUCUUUAUACUGGAACUCACAAAAAGCGUCACGGUUCAUCCGAGACAUUUUCACGCAAAGCUUCCCGAUCACGUCAUCAAUCGACUGCUGACACUGACCGAGGGAACAACCUCCGGCCUCUAUGGUUACCUGCUCGCCGUGGUCGAGGUCGAGCGACCACUCCCGCCCGGUAGAAUCCUUCCCGGAACCGGACACGCUAUCUUUCGACUUCGUUACAAAGCGCUGGUAUAUCGACCGUUCUUGGGUGAGGUUCUGGACGGUGUCAUCGCAUCGGUUACGCGACACGGGGUAUUCGUGGCGGUCGGACCGCUCAGCGUUUUCGUGAGCGCGCGUAACGUCCCCAGUGACAUGGAGUUUGACGAUAGCGAGCAGUGCUUCGCCUCUGUUGUUCAGGGUAGCGAGGAUCGAUUAGAGGUAGGCACCAUGGUACGCUUGCGUAUUGUGGGUAUGCGUCGUGACGCUACGGAGAUCGCGGCCGUCGGGACGCUGCGGGCCGACUAUCUAGGCGUUCUGGGCUAG